ACUCAUCAGCGUAUGAUGUGUAUGGUGAAUUGAGAAAUCAGGAACACCCAUGGUAAAAAUUAUAUUUCAAGUAUCCUUAAGUAGGAUCGGAAUCAUUGUCACUCUGUGCAUGCGCGUGAUCACGUGAACUGGGAAGAACAGUGAUCAGUAAUUACUAUGCCUGAUUGUCUUGUAAAAGCAGAUCGAAAGAGUAGUUGAAUAUAUGAAGAUGUGAUUCCUAAUGUGUUCUAAUGUGUGCUUAGACUGGCAGAUGAUACUAUGAUAUUAAAUAUAUAUCGUGUCAAAACUCUUUCUACACAAAUUCCGACAUCAACGGAAUCACACGAAGUCUUCCGAUUACAACGACGCUUUGUGUUGUUGUACACCAAUGGCAAUUUAAACGUGUAGCAUGGGAUAAAAUACAGGGAUUCCAGGUCAUUCCGAAAGUUUCAGACUGCGACACACUUCACCGCCAAACAGGAUGUCCUCAAUCAGAGGAGAUGUCAGAGUCGAAAAUUGUUCCUGUAUUGAGUGCUUGUCUGGUCCGGGGUUUUGCAGUUUAUAGAAAUCGGGAAUCUGAUCAUGCACGUACCUAUACAAUGGGAAUCUGGUUGGAUAUAUUGUGUGCACAAGUGAAAUGGAGAACAGCAAAAGUAGCAAAAGCGAUGAAGGGAGUGAUGAUAAAGACGAUGAUACAACAGACAGAAGGAAAACACCUGAAUUUGAAGACAAGGUCGUAUCUAAACUUUUGCGGAGGAUCGGUGAAAAAAGUUUAAUUCCUUUGUUUUCCCAACAACGCAUCACUAUGGAGAUGUUAAUGGAUCUAAAUCAUGCAGAUCUUCGUGAAGUAGGGAUCGACAUAUUUGGUCAAAGGCAUAAGAUAUUGACUGAGGUAGCACGACUGAAGCGAGAGAGGGGACAGAGAAACAAAGUUUCUCGAUGUGGACUACAUCCCUUCAAUACCACGUGUCCCGGGCGAAAACGGAAGCUGGAAAACCAAAAUGUUAUGACAAAGAAAAUGAGAUUAGGGGUCAGAAAUGUGCACGCAGAAGUGCCUGUUGUAGUCUCUACUGCCUCCAGUAUACAACCUCAUACAUCUGUGACAACCAGCAGUCCCUCUGUCUGUCAGACUACACUAUGUCAGUCGUCUCAGGCACAGACCUCGUCAGCUAUCGCUUCGUCUUCACUGCAUGUUGGAUCAACAGCAAGUAGUGCUGUAUUAGCAACACCAAUACCAACGACAGCAAUACCAACAACAACUACAGCAUGUACACCAACGACCGUAACAACAGCAGUAACUUCAGCAACAUCAAUCACUGCCUCAGUCUCAACAACAAUAUCAGCGAUACAGAACCCUGCAACAACAGCCACCUCAUCAUCAACAUCCUCUCUGGUCUUAUCUUCUACAGUCAAUCUCUUGUCAAACACCACGACAACACCCAGCCAUACGUUAACGACAUCCAGCGUACCGUGUGUUUCCAGAUCGGCUCAAACAGGAAGUAACGUUUUACCAGUCCCUGCCCCUUGUGUGCAUUGUACACAAAACACAAUUACAGAUGAAGAGAACAAUUUCCUACGAUACUUUCUUCUUGCUCAGCUUUGUACGCAGGCCUUGCGGAUUCUGUUCGACUCAUUUGUCAAACCUGUGUCUCUGACAAAUCACCUACAGAAUGUAAAACCAAAAUUAAAACACUGUACAGCGCAACAAAAAGCCAUCCUAUAUCCUGUUGCCGGGGGACCUGUGACCUCAGCAGACUUUGAUACAUCUCUUCUGUACACCCUGCUGCGUAACACAGUGAAAAUCACACCUCCAACGAGUGGAUGGAAUAAUGAACCAAAUCCUGUUGACAUCUCAAAGGGAGACGAUGUGGAGAGAAUAAGAUUCGCCAGGAAUUUUUUAUGUCAUGGUAAAACGUCCAUGGAUCAAAUAACAUUCAAUUCAAAAUGGACAUGUCUUUCUGAGGCGAUCAGACGACUGAGCAGCGGUUCCCUUAAUGGUGAUGUUGCCUCCUUAGCAACAAGGAAGUUUGAUAAAUCUGAUAAACAGGUCAUAUUGGAUGACUUCCUGCUUCUUGAAAAAAGCUUUCGACAAUUAGAGAGAAGACAUAUUCCUUUUAAUGUCCGAGAACAGCAAGAAGAGAUAUUGAAUAAAUGGGAAAUAGAGUAUGAAGUUCUAUGCAAAACAAGAGCGUACUACAGAGUGAAAUCAGAAAUUGAGUCCAAAGACACCGUGACAAUAAUAAGCGGUCCAGGAAUGGGAAAAACAUUCAUUGCCAGGCAGACAUGUCUUCAUCUACAAAAUGAAGGUUGGGAAAUCAUCCCGGUCCAACAUAUAGACGAGAUGACUAGCUAUCGCCUCGUCAGUAUCAAGCAAGUGUUUCUUCUUGACGAUCCUGUGGGAGUAUUUGGAUUCGAUCGAUCAGCAUCAACUGCUAUAGAAAGAAUGUUUGAAGCUUUUGCUCCUUCAGAUAAAACCAAAUUUAUUUUUACCUGCAGAAAAGCUGUUUAUAAUGAAUGCAAAGAUAUGAAACACACUUUCUUCAGAAAUAUUAUCGAUAUUGGAGGAUCAGAUCUUUUGUUGAAUGAAAACGAAAUGAAAGACAUGUUAGCUUCUCACUGUAAAAGUGCAGGAGUGGAGGAGAAAGUGUAUAUAAACAUCUCGCUACAUCCUGGUAUGACAAUGUUCCCACUUUUAUGCCAUUUAUUUGUAAACGACAAAGAAAAUCAGAAAUAUGGAAGGUUUUUUUUUGAAAAGCCCAAUAAAAGCAUCAUUGACCAAUUCGAGAAAAUGAGAAAUCAAAAGGAGUCACAAUAUGCAGCACUUGUUUUGUGUAUGUUGAGAGAAAAUGGUCUAACAAACACGGAUAUUUCUGAACAUAUUAGGCUAAUAAGUUCUAAUUUUGAUGCUAAUCCAUUUUGUAUUCAGAAGUCUCUCAAGGAAUUGACAGGAACAUAUGUUGUGAAGAAUAACGAGGUUUAUUCUUUCUCACAUGACUGUUUAUUCGAGGCCAUUGCAUACCUACAUGGUUUGGAAUUCCCUGAACAGGUACUGGACUUGCUGCCAAGUAGUUACAUCGCAAACAACAUUCAUGUUACAAAUGAAACUAUGGAUUCAGGAUGUGCAAAUUUAUGUGUCUGCUUAAAUGAAAAUUACUUUGAAUUCCUUUCAAGAAGACUUUUGAGGGAUAUCAAAGACGUACAUCUUUAUGAUGUUUUUGUUGGAAACAGUCUUAGAAGUGAAUUUUUUUUGGAUUACUUUAUUUCCUUUCUUGACACGGUGUCCAGAGAUGACCUUAUAGAUUUGUUUUUAACUGUUCAUUCUUCUGACUCGAAAUUACUUCAGUAUAGUGGAAGGGUAAUGGAAAGGACUGAAUGCUGGGGAAAAGAAUAUUAUCAACAAAAAUUGCUCAUUGGAGAAAAUAUUACAAUUAGUGCAAUUACAAGAGAAGAAAAUGGCGAAGUCAUGCAGAAAAGUGCUAGUUUUCACUACAGCAUACUUGCAUUGAGUUGGAUUAUCCAUUAUGGGCAUUGUAGGCUUUUGUCUUAUGUCUUUAAAAGACUUGCUGGUAGUCAACAACUGUCAGAAUUAAGGGAAUCUGAAGGCUCUAGGUUGUUAUUGCUUGCGUGUUUCACUGGAAAUUUGGGGGUAGUUCAGCAACUCGUCAGUUGGUUAGGGAUGCUAUAUCUCAAUAGAUCUCCAAAUCAAACAUGUAAUAUCUACAGUCAACACAUAUGUUUCACUCCCUUAACAGGUGCUGUUUUUGUUGGAUUUGAAUCGGUGAUAGAAUUACUUGUUAACGAAGGAGCCGACGUGAAUCUGCAGGAUGACACAUAUGAAAAAGAUACCCCUCUCACCAAAGCCUGCAGGUUAGGAUAUACCAUAGUGGUGCAAACACUCUUACGCUGCAAAGCAGAUAUCAACCAGGUCAGUGGUACAAUAAGAUCGCCAUUGUUCUGGGCAUCACGGAUGUCUAGAACUGAUAUAGUGAGGCUAUUGAUACAGAACAACUGUGAUGUUAAUAUAGUUGACUCUGGGGGCAGAAGUGCUUUGCAUGAAGCAACAGAAAAGGGAUUUGAUGAUAUUGUGAAACUGUUGGUUGAGAACAUGGCCGACACAACUUUGGUAGACAUAGGUGGAAUAUUGGCCGUAAAACUGACAAAGGAAUGGAAUAAAAACAUUAUAAAAACACAGAUCAUCUCACAGUGCAAAAAUACCACCUCAUUUUGCCAAAUAUUUGUUCAAGAACUAAUACAAAUGAUAACUUAUAAAUUCUACAGAAACGAAACUCUACCAAACACUUUAACGGAUAAACACUUUUCCUGUCUCUUUGAUGUACUCACCAUGUCGGAAUCAAAUAAUCCUCUACCUCAGGAUUGGCAUUCUCACUGUUUUAGCCAUUACAUUUCAACAGGACAUAGAUCUGUACUGAGGUGUUUAUUAAGUCAUGGAUACCAGAUCAGUUCCACCAAUCCAUAUCUUCAAGUCGCACUGUUUACUGCAUCAAAUAAUGGACACACUGAGAUAGUCAAACAUUUAGUAGAACACGGUGCUGAUGUCAAUAUUUGUAAAUAUGAUAAUUGUACACCGCUCAAUAGGGCAUCACAGAAUGGACACACUGAGAUAGUCAAACAUUUAGUAGAACACGGAGCUAAUGUCAAUACUCAUGAUGACGAAAAUGUUACACCGCUCUUUUUGGCAUCACAGGAAGGACACACUGUGAUAGUCAAACAUUUAGUAGAACACAGUGCUGAUGUCAAUAUUUGUAAUGUGAGAAAUGUUACACCACUCUUUAUAGCAUCACAGGAAGGACACACUGAGAUAGUCAAACAUUUAGUAGAGCACGGUGCAAAUGUCAAUAUUUGUAGAUAUGAUAAUUGUACACCGCUCAAUAUGGCAUCAGGGAAUGGACACACUGAGAUAGUCAAACAUUUAGUAGAACACGGUGCUGAUGUCAAUAUUUGUAGAUAUUAUAAUUGUACACCGCUCAAUAGGGCAUCACAGAAUGGACACACUGAGAUAGUCAAACAUUUAGUAGAACACGGAGCUAAUGUCAAUACUCAUGAUGACGAAAAUGUUACACCGCUCUUUUUGGCAUCACAUGAAGGACACACUGAGAUAGUCAAACAUUUAGUAGAACACGGUGCUGAUGUCAAUAUUUGUGAUGACGAGAAUGUUACACCGCUCAGUAUAGCAUCACUGGAAGGACACACUGAGAUAGUCAAACAUUUAGUAGAACACGGUGCAAAUGUCAAUAUUUGUAGAUAUGAUAAUUGUACACCGCUCAAUAUGGCAUCAGGGAAUGGACACACUGAGAUAGUCAAACAUUUAGUAGAACACGGUGCUGAUGUCAAUAUUUGUAGAUAUGAUAAUUGUACACCGCUCUUUAUGGCAUCACAGAAUGGACACACUGAGAUAGUCAAACAUUUAGUAGAACACGGUGCUGAUGUCAAUAUUUGUAGAUAUGAUAAUUGUACACCGCUCAAUAUGGCAUCAGGGAAUGGACACACUGAGAUAGUCAAACAUUUAGUAGAACACGGUGCUGAUGUCAAUAUUUGUAGAUAUGAUAAUUGUACACCGCUCAAUAUGGCAUCAGGGAAUGGACACACUGAGAUAGUCAAACAUUUAGUAGAACACGGUGCUGAUGUCAAUAUUUGUAGUGACAGGAAUGUUAGACCGCUCAGUAUAGCAUCACAGAUUGGACACACUGAGAUAGUCAAACAUUUAGUAGAGCACGGUGCAAAUGUCAAUAUUUGUAAUUAUACACCGCUCAAUAUGGCAUCACAGAAUGGACACACUGAGAUAGUCAAACAUUUAGUAGAACACGGUGCUGAUGUCAAUAUUUGUGAUGACGAGAAUGUUAGACCGCUCAGUAUAGCAUCACAGGAAGGACACACUGAGAUAGUCAAACAUUUAGUAGAGCACGGUGCAAAUGUCAAUAUUUGUAGAUAUGAUAAUUGUACACCGCUCAAUAUGGCAUCAGGGAAUGGACACACUGAGAUAGUCAAACAUUUAGUAGAACACGGUGCUGAUGUCAAUAUUUGUAGUGACAGGAAUGUUAGACCGCUCAGUAUAGCAUCACAGAUUGGACACACUGAGAUAGUCAAACAUUUAGUAGAGCACGGUGCAAAUGUCAAUAUUUGUAAUUAUACACCGCUCAAUAUGGCAUCACAGAAUGGACACACUGAGAUAGUCAAACAUUUAGUAGAACACGGUGCUGAUGUCAAUAUUUGUGAUGACGAGAAUGUUAGACCGCUCAGUAUAGCAUCACAGGAAGGACACACUGAGAUAGUCAAACAUUUAGUAGAGCACGGUGCAAAUGUCAAUAUUUGUAGAUAUGAUAAUUGUACACCGCUCAAUAUGGCAUCACAGAAUGGACACACUGAGAUAGUCAAACAUUUAGUAGAACACGGUGCUGAUGUCAAUAUUUGUUAUGACGAGAAUGUUACACCACUCUUUAUGGCAUCACAGAAUGGACACACUGAGAUAGUCAAACAUUUAGUAGAGCACGGUGCAAAUGUCAAUAUUUGUAUAUAUGAUAAUUGUACACCGCUCAAUAUGGUAUCAGGGAAUGGACACACUGAGAUAGUCAAACAUUUAGUAGAACACGGUGCUGAUGUCAAUAUUUGUGAUGACGAGAAUGUUACACCACUCUUUAUGGCAUCACAGAAUGGACACACUGAGAUAGUCAAACAUUUAGUAGAACACAGUGCUGAUGUCAAUAUUUGUCCUGAGAAGAAUGUUACACCGCUCUUUAUGGCAUCACAGAAUGGACACACUGAGAUAGUCAAACAUUUAGUAGAACACGGUGCUGAUGUCAAUAUUUGUAGUGACGAGAAUGUUACACCACUCUUUAUGGCAUCAGGGAAUGGACACACUGAGAUAGUCAAACAUUUAGUAGAACACGGUGCUGAUGUCAAUAUUUGUAGUGACGAUAAUGUUACACCACUCUUUAUGGCAUCACAUAAUGGACACACUGAGAUAGUCAAACAUUUAGUAGAACACGGUGCUGAUGUCAAUAUUUGUAGUGACGAGAAUUUUACACCACUCUUUAUGGCAUCACAGAAUGGACACACUGAGAUAGUCAAACAUUUAGUAGAACACGGUGCAAAUGUCAAUAUUUGUAGAUAUGAUAAUUGUACACCGCUCUGUAUGGCAUCACAGAAAGGACACACUGAGAUAGUCAAACAUUUAGUAGAACACGGUGCUGAUGCUAAUAUCUGUAAUAUGAAUAUUUGAAAACAAACUGAGGACUUCAAUGGCUAUAAAAGAUUUUGAUCGACAAAAAAAGAUGUCUUUUGUAAGUAUGGAUGUUUCACUGCAAUCUGAGUGAAAUUCAAAAUGAAUGAAAUUUAUUAAUUUGUAGUGUUGUUGUUUUUGUAAUGUUGUUGUUAUCCAAACAUGAAUAUAGUUUUUGACAGAUCAGAAUUUCAAUGUUCAUUUGUUGAAAUAAAGUUAUCGCUAGAGUAGUAAUAAUUAGCCAGAAAAAAUCUGCUAUAGAUCAUUAUAUAAUAAUAGAUGAAACCCCGCACAAGCGAGGAAAAUCAGAAUUAAAUAACAUUGCAUAGAGAAAAUACUUUUAAUACUUGUUCAAAUUGUUGCGCACAUUAAUUGAAUGACAGAUAUCUUUAACUCAACUGAAUUUAAGAAAAACAAUUCAAUAAUUGCGUGCAUUAGUUAUAUUAUGAUAUUUAUUGAUAUCAUAUACAGUAAACAAAACUUGGUUAUUAAGAAGUCACUUGGAGCUCCAAAUCAAAUGUUCUUUAUGUAACAUAAAUGAUCUCUCUCUGUUUUUGAAAAUUAAAUAAUGAUUUUUCGUUACGAAUGCAAUUGUUAUUCAUCAUGCCGAACAGUUGACCAAAGACCAAAUGAACGGUUGUUCAUAAUUUCAAUAUUUGAAACUCAGUAUUGGGAAUGUGUUUAUUAUGGUAGCUUUUGUCCAGUGCAAUCAUUGCCUCGCUUCAUUCUGAAAAAUUCCGUAAGCCUGGUCAAAUACUACCGGUAAAAUCACGGAUUUAGGAUAUAUUUAUUCAACAAUUAUCAAAACUUCUUUUGUAAAAUUAAAAUCAAAUAUCGAUAAACAACGAAUUAACUUCAUAUCAUAUUAUCUUAAGUUUUCUUAAAAGAAGAAAGAAAUCUGGCUUCGAUCUGCCACUUUCCUUUCAUUUUUUGGUAUUUCGGGCACAGGCACUUGUUUCUGUAAAUGACUUAUGACCUCUGUAUACUAAUAACAACACAAGGUAACUAGCUUCAAAUGACACCCUGAGAAUGUCGGCCUUUUGAGCUUCCAGGGAAUAUGCUAUGUAAAUGUAUUUACUACCGUUGUAUUGUACAAUCAUUCAACUUAAAAACCAUGUAUGACAUGACUGCAUUCAUUGCCUCUUAUCACCGAAAACUGCAACAAAAAAUGGAUUUUCCGUUUUAUACCACGAAGUGCUAUGUACUGAUACCGCACAGAAUGAAAAUUGUAUAUUUGUUGUGUUGAAAAAUAAAGUCUCAUUGUUUUAUUUUCACAAUAAAUUGAUACGAUGUUUAUCACCAAAAAAUCUUGAACAUAUUGCAUUGUUAACAAAAUAAAAAUUUUGAAUUGAA